GUUCACCUCCUCUUCUUCAUCGCGCAGAAAAUCCACCAAAGUUUUUCCAAGAAGGAAUGCUUAUCGCGUUGCAACAGUGUUUUUAAAUCCGAUUUUAUUUGAUUUCUUCAUCCCAAAACCGUGUUUUGGUUCAGUUGUGUUCAUAUUCGUGAAAAAGUUAAUUCAAAUCCCGAGAAGAAAAUUGGAUUUCGAAUCCCAACGCGCUCCUCCGACCGUUUUGCCAUCAGUCAUGUAAUUUUCGUUCCACUCCUUUUGCUUCUGAUGGGCUGCUGCUGCUACUGCUUGCUGCAUCAUUAUCAACGGGGGGGGCAAGUGAGUGAGUGUGUGUGUGUGGGAGAGAGAGAGCGCAAAAAGUGCAACACAUCCAGUCAACAACGAAAUCAAACCAGGAAGAAACACUAUCGGGGGCGGGUACCACAAUGAUAAUGGACGCACUUAGGAAUUACGGGCUGAAUCAGCAGCGUACGGAACUUUCGUCAGCGAUACAGUUACCCCUGCGGAACACCCGGAGGAUUAAGUUUACCUGUUUCGAUGUGUCGGAGAAGUACAUAAUUUUUGGUGCCAAUUCCGGGUCGCUGUACGUGUACGACCGAGCGAGUGUGAAUUUCCUCAGUAUAAUUCCUAGCCAGCUGGGUACGAUCAGCCAGGUGCUGAUUUCCGGAAAUGGCAAACAGAUUGCGGUGGCGAACAUGCGGGGGGCGAUCGGAGUCGUACUGGAUCUGGACAGUUCGGCCUCGAAGGAAGUGCUUCUAACGGAACUGGGUGGAGGUGGUGGCGACGGAGGAGGAGGAGUAGGAGCUGGGGCAGUCGGAGGGCGUUCCGGAACGACGGCAUUCGUUACCAGUUUCUGCUGGGGAGAGGACGACAAGGAGCUAUACUGCGGAGAUUCGAAAGGGACGGUGUCGCUGCUGCAGUUGUCGAUGUUCAUGGGGCGAAAUAUUCUCAACAUGACGCUCAGCCCGGUGCUUCUGUUGGAAAAUAAUAUCGUACAAAUUGAUCGCUACAAGGAACUGCUUUUGGUGUCGACGCUUUCCAAAUGUGUUCUCUGCAAUACGCUACGCGAGGAAUUCAAACAGAUUGGAAACCGCCCUCGAGAUGGCUUAUACGGAGCAACGUUCAUCGUUUCCAAUCCGGAAUGUUUCAACACGUCCAGCGACGAAGAUUACGAAGACUCCCAGUCGGUGGUGGUGGGUAGCGAUGACAACGACAACGAUCAACGACCGUCACCAUCAUCCGCGCAGAGGCAACGCGAUUCCUACCCAGAAGAUGUGCGGAUAUUCUGUUCCCGUCCGGGUUCGCGACUGUGGGAAGCCGACCUGGAUGGAAAUGUCCUGCGAACGCAUCAGUUCCGGCAGCGAUCGAAGGAUCGCGAGGCAAACGGCCCAGGUGGUGAGAUAAUUGCGUUCAAGCAACUGCAAAAAGUGCUGGAGCGAUUGAUUCUGGUGCACGACGAUCGGGAGAUAUUCUUGAUAGAUCCGAUCGAUUCCCAGGUGGUUUUUUGGAUCAACAAUGUGGGGGACAUUUGUCGGGUGGGUGUCGUUGGGGAGGAUAUUUACGUGUUUGGGUGUGAUCAGACGAUGAUUAAACUAAGGUUGGAGGUGGAACAAAAGGAACGACCAAAACGGUUGCCAAAGAAGGUAAAUGGGCGGAAAAGCUCGCCGUUCAAGGAAAACGGAGUCUACAUAUUGGACCAUUUGUUCAACAAUAACGGAUCGAAAGAGGGGACGUUGCAAACGGAAAGCACAAUCAAGGAAGCUUUGGCUUCGGUUGUUCGAGGGAAGUACGGACGGAAUAUCAAGCAGAUGUUCCUCGGGUAUGAUCAAGUGGGUCCGGAGAGGCCCAAGAGUUUGAACAUUUCCAAGGUGUACAAUAGUGAGGAGAGCUAUAAUAAUAUUGUUCGAGUCUUGCCCACCGACGAGUCUGGUUUUGUCGAAGAUGACUGCUGCGAAGAAGUUGUCCCGAAGAGGAACCCACCAAAGAAGAUGUUCUCGAUGUCGCUUCUCAGUGAUUAUCAGCUUAGCGAGGACGAUAAGACCGUUCGUAACUUGUACUUGGUGUAUCGUUCGUCUACCAUUAGUAAUCUCAAUUUUGCCGAUCGCUAUGCCAAAAUAUUCGAUGCUUACGAUACGGAAUCCAUUGUUAGCUUAUUACAUAAGUUGGAAAUUGUCAUGGACGAGAAUAAUGAGGAACAGUCCAGGUUAAAGUGUAUCAAAAUAUAUUUUGAUUACUUGAAAAUAGAACUGGUUUGGGAGAUUGAUGUGGAGUCUAGAUCUUUUAUCAAGGAAUGCUUUAUAGAGUACAACAAAAUGCUUCUGCAUGAAGAGCUUUGCGAGCUGGAGAAAUGCGAAUCUUGCGGGCAUUACUUGAGGACCAAUGAGAACUGCCACUAUCCGGAUAUUGGAACUACUCUAGUCCAGUACUAUUGGUCUAGGAAGGAUUAUGCUCAAUGCUUCGAGCUUGUACAGCAAAUUCCCUUCCUGUGGCACACUAUCACCAAAUUUUACAUCCAGGAUAAUCGGGAGGACAAAGCAAUCCAGUGUAUUUGGAACCUGGGCGAUCCCAGUCUGCUGGAACGCGCCGCUAGUGAAAUGUUCACAAUGAGCCACUGGCGCCAACUGUUGGAUCUCAUGUUGACCUGUUACAAUAGCAAUAGUUUAAUGUGUUUAAACUGUGAUAAACUUUGCACGCUUGCCGACCCGGGCCGUAACCCGAUGUGGGCCGAACAACAACUUCAAGCUCAAACGCCUGCAGGAAACCCAAAGGACAAUAACAAUUGCAUCACCACUAGAAAUAAUACCAGUAAUAAAGCGAUCCACUUCUACAGUUGGAACUAUAUCUUAAACACUGCCAUCGACCAGGAGCAAGUCGAUGGCAAAGCUCUGCUAAAGCUGCUACGAGGCUACGACGAGUACAUUCCAAAGGGUGCGAUCAGCACCAGCUUCUAUCUAAAAUGCCUACUAAACGUAUCGGAAUAAUCGCAUCAUACGGAAACGCCUAAAAUAUCUGUCAAGCUACUAAAUACCCUUAGAGCGCAUCGUCAUAUGCUUCAAAAUCGAGCAUACUAGUGUGAAACAAUCAAAAAAAUGGUUUUGUUCUGCCAAAAAAUAUUGUACAAAUCACAUACACAAACACAAUCUGUUCUACAGAGAACUCUGCGAGAUUAUGUAUUUUUUUUAAGAAUCAGAUUUCAUUUUUAAGCCAAUUUUAGACUUCGUUUACUGGAAGAGGAACGCGGGUGGUAACGCAGGCGUUACCCCCGGGUAACACACGUCAGCACUUUUGCAGGAAAAUGUUUUGUAAACAUAAUUAGGCAAAUUUAGAGGGAAAAAUUGUAGUACAUUAGCAGUGGUAGUUGGAGUUUGUAAAUUACAAGUGUUUUGUUUUUAAUCGAUGGAAACGAUUUUAUCUUCUUUUGUUAUAACGAUUUUCUUCUGUUCUUUCCAUCAUAACAAUAUAUUAAAUAUAAUUCAUAUUUGGACAUUUCAAUUUCAAACAUAUACAAAUUCUCUAGUGGUUAACAUUCAAGUGACUCACAUGUAAGGAUUCAUUUUAAAACUAAAAGUGACCAAUUGGUCUACUUUCUAGGGGAAUUCUAGCAGGAAUUGCUAGUGGGGAAACUUACAACGUAUUUUCUGAACAGUGAUAUCUCAGAACGCUUUAUAAGGCUGAGAAGAAGAAUUCUGUUUCCGUCAAGUUCACGUCUAUUUCGGGCACAACCUGAACUCGAUUCUCGGCACACCUUCUACGCGACACUAUGAUACUAUGAGGAUAAUCAAAAUAUAUGAUUUGAUCGUAGGCAUAGAAUAAUCAUAUCAAGAAUGCCUACUCUGCUGGUGCUCAGGGGGCGUUAAUC